GUCUUACCAAAACUACCGCUAUUUAAUUAAUUGACUUGGUUUCUGUUUGGUCUACAAGAGAGGCUUGUUGAUUAAAAAUAAAAAGAGAUGCGCUAGCUGAUGUCAUAUUAACUAAGAUUUAAGACAAACCUAGCAAUUUUUCUACAACACCAGUUCCUGUCUGACACAGAACACUCUGGAUGGGAACAGAAGCAGGAUCUGUUGAGUGUGCAUGAGUUUAGAUGCUUCUGCUGUCACUGAACAUACACGGUUGAAUUCAGUGCUGUGGAGGUCUGCUGCUCUGAGAUGGCAGAUGCACCUGGGAGUGGUUUAGAGGCGGAGCCUCUGAAGGGUGAAGAGGCAGAAGGGGGCGUCUCUAAGAAGAAAAGCUGCUCAGAAAAGCUUGGCUUGCCUCACCUGACGGGGUGGCGCACCGCUGCAUUACUCCUCUCUCUCCUCCUGUGUCUGGCAGUGGUCUUCACCUUUUCAUUCAUCCUUCCCUGCCCCGUACGGCCUCAAUACUUCUCCACCUGGAACCACACGUUACCUGACGCAGCCACGUAUGACUUCCUGGCUGUUGAGGACACAAAUGAAGACAAAGUCUUGGAUGUGUUGUUCAUCUACAAGGACUCUGAAGCCAGCCGCAACACGUGUUUGAGUGAAGAUUUCUCAAUCCCAUGUCUGGUUUUAACGGCUGUUGAUGGCACUGAUGGGAAGGCGCUUUGGGAAAGACCUCUAGCUGCUGAAUUGGAUUGGGUGGAGUGCGGUGUAAAGGGCCUCGGACGUCAGGGAACAGGAUGUUUGGUUGCUCACGCAGACAAUCUCACAGCUGUUGAUAAAAAGACAGGUGUGGUCAGGUGGCAGCGGUCACGUUCUACUGUGCUGAACGGAAAUCUGCCGCUGAUCAGCAUUCAGGAUCUGAACGCUGAUAAAGCAGACGACUUCGCCAUACUUUCAUAUAAUCCUGACGCGACAUCAUUCACAGCCGUACCGAGCGAGCUGGUGUUUUUCUCAGGACAGUCAGGUGAUCAGAUCGGCCUGAAGGUGAAUGUUGAUUUGUACGAGGUGUUUGGUCACCAGCAGUUCAGAACGGCCAGUGGUGCUCCGUACCUGCUGUUACUCACAAAAUCUGGACUCUAUGCGGUCAGUUUGCGACAUCUGACAGCUCUGGCCGGUCUGAAGUCUGAGCUGAAGGAAGAGAAAAGCUGGAAGGAAAAAUCUGAUAAAACCACUGGAUUGAUCUCCCUCUAUCAGUCUGAUUCUCUGAAGCGUGUGAUGGUUGUUCCUGGCAGUAGUUCUCCAUCGCUGCUGGUCCAGACGAACUCCAGCGUGUCUCUGCUGCACACAGAUAAACUGAAGAUGGCAUGGAGCACCAACACCAGCGAUCUGCUCAGUGUGCCAACAUUUGGACAAUUCGACAAAGAUGGAAUUCCAGACAUAAUGAUAGAGGAAAAGAUUGGCAGAGAAACCAAAAGAGUCUUGGUCCUCAGUGGAAGCUCUGGAGUCAUCCUGUGGGAGAUGAAUCUGUUGUUCUGGACUCCGAAUCCUCGUCCGGCGUCGGUCCUCACACUGAACACCUACUCAGUGUUCAUGAUCUGGGGACGGAGUCCGAGUCACGACAACCAGACUAAUCAGAUGCAUUCAUCAUUCCUGCUGCAUCCUCGAUAUUCCCAACUGCUGCUUGAAAGAAGAAAUCCUGCACAGAACAUCAUCUCUUUUAAAGCGACACUGUUUGAGCGAGGCCGUCAUGCUGGCUACCUCGUUCUGACGGGACCGGACGGACGAGAGCACGCAGAAUUAAGUGAGAUGGAUCCAGUGAUUCUGACCAAGAGGAAGAUCAAGGGGGACGUCCCGGAUAGCACCGUUCUGAGAGUAGGAGCCGAAUCAGCCGUUGGAGAAAAAGAGGUGAAGGAGGCGUUCUACAGGCUGCGCUUCAGUGAUGCACUUUUCUGAAACACAGCACUAAUCUUCAUCACAAAGGUCACCCGCUGCAUGUAGAACUUCAAAUUCACUCUUGAAAUCAGAUCUUCUAGUUUAAACUGUGCUUGAGAAUGAUGUCAUUACACCCAAGACACUUGCAGGAAACUAAACCAAAUCAGCAGGGUUUUGUCCCCAAUGCAUUUAUUUCGAACAUAUUAAUUUAUACGUGUAUUAUUUUAAGACAAUCAUAAACUACUGUAAAGUAUUUCAGAUUUUUGCAUAGCCGGAGACUAUCAGGAGGUGCAUUUAUUUUAAUAAUGAUCAGGGAUUUCAUAUAAAGGUGAGUCUCAUGCAGAACGGUCUGGGUCAAGAUGAUGUCAUUUGGAAAUUAGCCUAAAGGAACAGUUCAUCAAAAAAGGCUGUGUUCACCCUCGGGACAUCCAAGAAUUUGUUUUCGCUUGUUUUUUCAUCAAAACAGGUUUGGAGAAAUGUCGCAUUGCAUCAGUGUCUCAUCAACGGAUGCUCUGCAGUGAAUGGGUGCCGUCAGAAUGAGAGUCCAAACAGCUGAUAAAAACAUCACAAGUAAUCCAGUCUAGCAGUUAAUGUCUUUUACAUUAAAAUCCACCCACAUAUUUGUUUAGAGCUCUUUUCUUUCAUAAUCAGUGUUUGUUUUUAUUUAUUUUUUAUGCAUUUAACAGUUUUUACCUGACAUAUGUUCCCUGGGAAUCGAUCCCACAACCUUACGCUGCUAAUGCAAUGCUCUACCACUGAGCCACAGGAAUAAUGUGUAUUAUCUCUGCAUUAUCCAUCUACUUAUCUAUCUACAGAUCCACUAAAACACUAAAAUAAUACAAAUAAAAUGAGAAAAUAUGAAUUCUUUCAUUUUUAUAUUUUAAUCAUAGCUCAGACAAAAUCAUGCUGCUUUUCACUUCUCCAGAUAUGAAGUGAUGGACUGGAUUACUUGUGGAUUAUUGUGAUGUUUUCAUCAGCUGUUUGGACUCUCAUUCUGGCGGCACCCAUUCACUGCAGAGCAUCCACUGAUGAGCAAGAGAAUUCUCCAAAUCUGUUUACAUGAUGAAGCAUAAGUAAAUUCUCAUUUCUGAAAUGUCAUAAAAGUAAUGCCACAAUCUAAAAAAGUAAUUGUCCUAAAAAUGGGCUUCAUUUUCUUUUGCAAAACAUAAUUUCUUGUGUUUUCCUUUUGAUUUGGGUAUGAAAUGUGACCUGGACUUGAGUUUGUUGUUAGGGUAAUUGUGCAGAUUUGAUUGUAGUGCUGUAGUGGAGUGAUGUCUUGUGUAACACUAUAACGGAGGAGUUUACUCAAACCUCAUCGUGUUUCAGACACACUAUUCAGCUGCAUUUUGCGGCAACACUAAAAACGAGGCGGUUGUGUGUGUUGAAAAAGAAAAAAACAAGUGAAUAUUUUAGAUUUGCAGUGCAGUGUUGCUCCCGUAUCACAGGGGUUUGUUUGUUAGGAUGGAGACUUUAUGCCUCUAUAAUUAAUGUUUUAAGAGUUUGAGUGAGUCGAAACAAAGUGUUUAAGUGUUCUGCCGUUUUAUGCUGCUGCUUUUGUUAAAGAUUCACCUUUGUCUUUCUUGUUAACUCACUGUGCUGAUUUGUUAGCAUGAAGGACUGUUAUCACAUAGUGCUAUACAUUCAGAGUAAAAAUCGUAAAACUUUUUUUUUUUAAAUCAUAUAUGAUGCAAUAAUAUGUGACCCUGGACCACAAAACCAGUCGUAAAGUCAAAUUCUUAAAAUUGAGAUUUAUUCAUGAAUGAUUAAAUAAGAUUAAUAACUGAGCUCUCCAUUGCUGUAUGGUUUAUUAGGAUCUGAAAAUAUUUGGGUGAGAUAAAAAAAUCAUAAUAAUAAAACAAAUAUCUUUAAAGUUGUCCAAAUUAAGUUCUUAGCAAUGCAUAUCAUUAAUCACAAAUUCAGUUUUGAUAGAUUUAUGGUUGGAAGUUUACAAAACAUCUUCAUAGAGCAUGAUCUUUACUUAAUAUCCUAAUGAUUUUUGCCAUUAAAGAAAAAUCAAUAAUUUUGACCCAUACAAUGUAUUUUUGGCUAUUGCUACAAAUAUACCCCAGAGACAAGACAGUUUUUGUGCUCCAGGGACACAUAUAAGAUUAAAAGAAAAACUGACCCCAGACACUGGACUGUUACAUCUGGACUGUUAUCACAUCGAGCUGUACAUUAUGUGCCUUAAACAGGGACCCGAAAUCACUACAGAUGAGUAAUAUACACAUUCUGUCCAUAUGCUGUUUAGAAUCAUAUCUUCAAAAUGUGGGUUUUAUUUAAAGCAGGGUUGUGGAUGUCUGAACCAAUGAGCAGAAUUGUACCUUUAGUUUAUCAAAGCCAAGUCAGAGCUUUAUGAUAUCUUUGGUUUUCUGUGCAUCGUCUACAUCCACAGAAGAUCAGGACGAUCAGCUGCACCAAAACAACAUGCCUUUGAAUCUACAGGAGCCGGAAUAAAUGAAACACUGUGCAUCGAAUACACGUGAAGGUGUAGAACAUGAAGUUUAAAAUAAAUCAGCUAGCUUUCAUGCAUUGUAUUUAUUAUUCAAGCUGUAUUAUUAACUGGUUUAGAUUCAAUGAUUUUGUUAACCUGUAGAUCAGGUAGAAAAUGUAGCUUGUGCUAUUUUCAUGUCUUUAUUUGAGAAUACUCUAUUGCAUUGUAACACUGUGUAAUAAAUAGAAUGCUUUCA